GGCUCCGCCCAGUGCCUUGCCCUCCUACCGGGCAUCUGCUGGAUUAGACAGGAGUUUAGUGCCAGCUAAAGACUGGCGCAGGUGGAGACUAAUCCGGCGCACCUUCAGGCACACGCAGCUCCUCAGCCGUCCUUUGCCUGGUUCGGGGGACUUACUAGGAUUCGUUAUGGCGUUUGCAAGCUGGUGGUACAAGACGCAUGUUUAUGAAAAAAACAGUGGAACCCCUUCCAAGGCAGGGGAGAAGAAAAAAUCUGAAACAACUGAGGGAAAAAGAGCAAGUCACAGUAGCAAUGACCCCUCAAGGAUAACUGCAAAUAGAACAACAUCUAGUACGCCUCCCUGGUGCAGACCCUCACCUCCACACACCUGGACCAUUGCAAUCAUCUGCUGGUUGAUCUGCCUGCCACAAGUCUCUCCCUCACCCCAGACCAGUCUCCAUUCCGCUACUAUGGCAUCUACUUCCUUUCCUGAUUCAACAAGUACUCUCAGUAUGAAUCCCAUGGUAACCAAGGCUACUCCAAUCAAACAGACCAAAGGACUGCAUUAUCAUGACAAGAAAAGGAAAAAUCCUCAGCAGGCUGAACAGAUACAAACUGAAGAAAAAUCACAGACAACUAAGGCUACUGAACCUCAUAUGAAAGAUGCUCAUAAAGAAAAAGCAAAGGACGAUAAAAUGCAAAAAAGCCCCGGUGAACAGUUGGCUGCAGAAAGUAAGGAUUCUUUAUUUGGAAAAGAUACCCUCAACCCCUCUGACCAACCAACACAAGACAAACCAAUACAAGAUAAACCAACAGAAGGCCCCCAGAACAAAGAAAAUGAAUCCGUGUCUCCACCAGGACCAGUAAAAGUUGAAUCCAGUAAACCUUCUGAAAAGCGUUCCUUGGAUGAUGCUUUAGAUGACUUAGUAGACACAUUAGGAGGACUUGAAGAAAAGAAACCUGAAAGUCCAAAAUAUACAGGACCUCCUGUUUCGGAUCCAGUUUCUUCUACUUACAUAGAGGAACUGGGCAAAAGGGAAGGUUCAAUUCCCCCAGAAUACAGAAAACUAUUGGAGAGUCAUGAAGGAGCAUCCAGAGAUCCACCAAAGGCUGAGAAAUCAAUGGGAGAGGAUGAAGCCAUUGAUAGCCUGUCAUCAGACUUCACUUGUAGUUCUGCAGCUCCAGAAAAGGCAGAAGAUAAAGAGAAAGCUUCAGGAGAAGAAGUUUUAGAAGCCCAAUCAGUAGACCUAAUCAAAAGUGCUCUUCCUCCAGAUGAGAAGAAACGAAGGAUUGAAGAGACAGCCUCUGACAAAGCUGUAGAUGAUCUUUGUGAAACACUUAGCUAUGCAGAAGCUGAACCUGAGAUAGAUACAAGCUCCCUCAAAGAAGUCGACGAGGUAAAAUCCAAAGAAGAAAGACUUAAGAAAUGUGGUGAACGUGAAGAUACCCUCCCAGCUGACUACCACUUAAAACCAGCAAUGGAUAAAGAUGGGAAACCUCUAUUACCAAAGCCUGAAGAAAAACCCAAGCCUAUGAGUGAAUCCAAACUUGUGGAUGAAUUAUCCAAAGAUUUUGAAAGCCCUAAACCUCAAGGAAAACAACCUAAACCAAGUGAUAAAGCAAAAAAAUCUGAGACUCCAGUCCAUGCUCCUGUGAAAGAAGUUGUUUCAAAAACUCGCAUGUGUGUUGUGCAGGAAGUCCCUCAAAAGCCUGCACCAAAGUCUGAACAAGUACCAGAUGAUGCUGUGGAAGCUUUAGCCAGCAGUCUACCAAAGAAAGAAAUAGAUCCAGAGGAAAAGAAACCUGCAGUGGAUAAAGUAAAGGAGAAAUUCAAAGAAGAAAAGAGUGAAAAAGUAGGUGAAGAAGAGGAAACAAUCCCUCCUGAAUACAGAUUAAAAGCGGCAAAGUGUGAAGAAAAUAAACUGCUUGAGAAAAAACAAAGAGAAAAGGUUUCACCUAUGAGUGAAAGUGAUAUCCUAGAUGCUUUGUCAGAGAGCUUUUCAUCUUCCAAAGCACCUGUAACCCACGCUGCAGUAUCUGCAGCACAUAAAUCAAAAAAAAAGAAAUGUUUUACUGAGGUUGGUGUGAUGACUGAUCCCAUACCACCUCCUACAAAGUGCUCUACAAGUCCACCUGAUGCCUCACAAAAAGAUAAAGGACUUGAUGAUGCAUACGAUGAACUUUCUCAAUCCCUUGAACCAAGAAAACCAGACCCUGAAGAGAAGAAACCAGUGGAGGAUAAAGUAAAGGAAAAAACUAAAAUUGAACAUAGAGAUAAGCUGGGAGAAAGAGAUGACACCAUACCCCCUGAAUACAGCCAUCUUCUUGAUAACGAUAACCAGGAUAAUCCAGAAAAGCCACCACCCAAGGAGCCCAAGAAUUCUGCAGAUGAUAAGGAUCCCAUUGAUACACUCUCAGAAGGAUUUGACAAAUAUUCCCAAAAGCCAUCUCCAGAAGGGCCACAGAAAUUGGCAAAGAAAAAGGAUGAAAAGGAUGUUUCCAGCAAAUCUGCUAAGAAUGGUGGAAAAAGCAAGACAAAAGAGAAAUCUUCCAGGUCAAAAGCUGAUGGAGAAAAAACAAGUUAAAAGUUCAGACUACUGAAGCUACUGGACUAUCCGCACAUGCUACAAAAAUCUUAAUUCAAAUGGUGGAUGGUGACUUCAAGCAAACCAAAGACUCUUGCAGCAGAAUUAUUCAGGGUGGCUUUUGUAUAGUGGUAUCUGUGGAGUCUUUUGACAUUCUGAAAAUUUUAGUUUCAUGUUCUUUUCCAGAAAAUGACUGGGAUAUGGCUUGGUUGCCUGUAUUAUUGUAUUGAAAAACUUUUUUUUUAAUUUUCUUCAUUUGGGAUGAAAAGGAUCCUUUAUAUUUUUAAGAAAUAUAUUUCAUAAAGUUACUUAUGGCAACCAAAAAAAAGUCUGCAAACUUUUGCACAUAUUCUACACACAGUGCCUCUCAAUUUUAGCAGGUUUCUUCCGGUUUCCAGUAUUUUUUUAAAACAUUAGAAAUGCUUUCAGAGUUCUAGAAUGUUCUGAUUGCAACCCUUUGCCCUUUGCCCCUUGACUCGUAGGUGGUACUAGACAUUUCCUUGGGUGAUUGACAAAUAAGAACAAUUAAGAAUAUGGAAUAUUUUGUGUAAGGUGCAGACAUCAGCAACGACCAUGGUUGCGGAUAAUAAAAGGGCAAUAAAAAUCCUGACUAGUGCUUUUUCUACAAAGCAGGAAGCAGAGUACAUCAUGUGACUUUUUUUCCUUCAGUUCUUCUCCCCUUUCCCCAAAAGGUCUUCCUGGGCUUGCAUGUGAACAUGAAGCAUACUUCAUAAGGCUCAGGUGGGAAGAUCAUAACAGAACAGAAUGUGGCCUGAUCCUGAGACCCUGAACAGGAAAAGACUUGAUGCCAAAGACGGACAAAAAUAAGUUUUUGGAAUGCAUCUGUGCCUUCAGCAAUUCAUUUUUGUUUUUGUAUUCAGUUCUGCAUGUCAUUAAAGAUGAGUGCAGGUGUCUGAUAUAUAAGACUUGAAUAUAAAUGUUAAAGCAAUAUUAAAAUGUUAGUCUCUGCACUGUACCAACUUUAUGAAAAUUAAGUUUACCAAGUAAGGACAAAAGUAAUUUUGCUGCUUAAACACACACACACACACACACACACACACAAAGGUGAUGUUUUAUCUCCCUACAAUUUGAGUCAAGCUCUGAUGCUUUAGAACAAUUUUUUCAUUCCAAGGAACCAUGAAGUACCCUGAGGUGGAGGGUUGGGUUGGAUUGAGUUUGAUGAACGAUAUUGAGCAUUAAAAAUAAUUUUAGAAAGCUUGACUGCAUGGGCUAUUCCAAAGUUUUGUUUAGGAUUGUACCAUUGCAAAAAGUCUGAGAACCACUGUUCUGGAGAUGUAAAUGACUAAUAAAAUAUUUUGAAGGUAAAAAAGUAUAUGAACAUGGCACUGAACAUAUAGCUGAGUAUUAACAGUUACUUCAUCUGAUCUAUAAAAUUUUGAAUUCCUGAUACUGAAUGAGGGGAAGAAAUGCUAGGUUCAUAUCACAUAGACCAAACUUAAAAAAUUUUGUUUUUAUAGAAUGUAAUAUCCCCAAACACUACACUUAGAAAUUUUAUCUAUAAAGACAAACCUCUGAGACACUGACUUUCUUGAAGAAAUCAUAGAUAUUUUAAAAAUGAAAGAUGACAACUACCAAAGCUUCUGAUGGCAGAUAAGCCCCAUGGAAUGAGUACUAUUUGUAUACUUGUAUACAUCCUGGUAGUAAAGUUUUUAAUAGGUUUUAGGUUCUGAACAUAUUCCAUGAUUGAGAGAGAAAGUUGUUGUUGUUAGGUACACUGGGACAAAAGAAAAAAAAAUGACAAUUCAUUUAUGGAAAAAAUAAAAAGGUAACCACUUUGAUUUGGGAAUGUUAUGUCAGUUUAAAAAUAAGAUUUUUCCACCAGGAGAUAAAAGCUAAUGUCCAACAUUUAAAAAUCACCAUGUUUCAUUAAAAUAAAAAAAAAUUAGGGGACAGCUAGAUGGCACAGAGGAUAGGUCAGCAGCUCUGGAGUCAGAAGGACCUUCAUUCAAAGGCAGCUUCAGACACAACUCACUAGCUGUGUGAUUUGGGACAAGUCACAACUUUAACUGAUGGGCCAAAAAGAAAUAAAACCUGAAAAGUAUAGCUGAUGUUAAAUUUCUCAAAUAACAGAAAAUGUGAUUCUAUAAACUAUUAUCUAGAAAAGUAUUAUUGAUACUCUUAAGUUAGCAUAUCUCAAGUACUUUCUCUAUUGGAAAUAUCAUUAUUCCAAUAUAUUAAGCAGUCUAAUAUGUUUUAACACAAAAUCCUAGGAAUUUUUUUUAAUUGAUAAACUACAAAGAUUCUCAUUUAGACUCAUAUGUUUAUGUGCUUUGUUUCAAUCAUCUUGCAGUAUUUUAACAUUUUAGCUUCAAUGAUAGUACAUUAAUAUCUUUUUUUUUUGAGGCAAUUGGGGUUAAGUGACUUGCCCAGGGUCACACAGCUUGGAAGUUAGUGUCUGAGGUCAGAUUUGAACUCAGAUCCUCCUGACUUCAGGGCUGAUAUUCUAUCUACUGUACCACCUAGCUGCCCUAGUUAAUAUCCUAUUACUUAAUUGUUCUUCAUUGGAAUUAAAAAAAAAAUUCAUGAUUAUUUCAGCUCUUAUGGUCAAGCUAAAGUAAUUAUAAUUUAUGCUUCUUCCUUCCAUAUCACCUAGCAAUAGCCCUUUAGUGCCAUCGACCUCUUCUCAGAAUGAUGUUUUAAAAUCCAUAAAUAGUAUGUAUGUUUAUAUA